UACAUGUUCUUCCCUCUCUUUGAACAAUCUGUCCAAAAUGCAAUCCAUUCAUGUGGGAUUUUGCCUGUACAGCCCUGAGUGGGAAUCAGUAGUUUCUUUGUUCGUCACUAUGGAAACAAGUCAGCCUAUCCCCGAUGGCUGUCAGAUCUCACAGGCUGCCGCUGCCAUCCACUCGGCCGCAGCUCUUCCCGCUGGGAGCCCAGCCAUGCAGGACCUUCCCCGGCGGUGCUCGGCCCUACCCUUCCUCAGCGCCUUCUUCCAGGGCCGCCGGCACUCAUCCUCGGACCCUAUCCUGCAGCAGGGCCGGCGCGGUUCAGCCGCACAGACGCUCUCCUCGUCCUCUCUCCAGGUGAUGGUGGCAGUGGCCUCUGUCAGCUGUGCCGAAAGAAACCCAACUUGCCUCCAGAGAAAAAGAAAUUCAGGACGUCCAACACCGAAGUAUACAAAAGUCGGAGAGCGUUUACGGCAUGUGAUUCCUGGACACAUGGCCUGCUCCAUGGCGUGUGGUGGCAGAGCGUGCAAGUAUGAAAACCCGGCCCGCUGGAGUGAGCAGGAGCAAGCCAUUAAGGGGGUUUACUCGUCAUGGGUCACUGAGAAUAUCCUGGCUAUGGCUCGCCCAUCCACGGAGCUCCUCGAGAAGUACGGCCUCAUCGAGCAGUUCCAAAGUCAUGGCAUAAAAACAGUCAUCAACCUGCAGCGCCCUGGCGAGCAUGCCAGCUGUGGGAACCCUCUGGAACAAGAGAGUGGCUUCACAUACCUUCCUGAAGCUUUCAUGGAGGCUGGCAUUUAUUUCUACAAUUUUGGAUGGAAGGAUUAUGGUGUAGCAUCACUCACCACCAUCUUGGAUAUGGUGAAGGUGAUGACAUUUGCCUUACAAGAAGGAAAAGUAGCGGUCCAUUGUCAUGCGGGGCUUGGUCGAACAGGCGUUUUAAUAGCAUGUUACUUGGUUUUUGCAACAAGAAUGACUGCUGACCAAGCAAUUAUAUUUGUUCGGGCAAAGCGACCCAAUUCCAUACAAACUCGAGGACAGCUGCUCUGCGUAAGGGAGUUUACUCAGUUUCUGAUUCCUCUUCGCAAUAUAUUCUCCUGCUGCGACCCCAAAGCGCAUGCCGUGACUUUAGCACAGUAUCUGAUUCGCCAGCGGCAUCUGCUUCACGGGUAUGAGGCCCGACUCCUGAAACACGUACCCAAAAUCAUCCACCUCGUCUGCAAAUUGCUGCUGGACUUAGCCGAGAACAGGCCAGUGGUGACGGCAGAGGUGGCAGAAGUGCCCAGCCUGUCUGCCGAGAUCGAGAAGACGGUUUCUGAGAUGAUCACCCUGCAGCUGGAUAAGGAGUUGCUGAGGCAGGGCAGCGACGCAUCCGACUGCUUCCCCGCCACCGCGGAGGCCACGGAUUUUGAGAAUCAGGAUGUGAUUCUUUCCAGCGAGCAAGGGAUUGACCCUCUCUGGAAGAGGCGGAAUGUCGAGUGCCUUCAGCCCCUGACUCACCUGAAAAGGCGACUCAGCUACAGCGACUCGGAUUUAAAGAGGGCCGAGACGCUUCUGGAGCACGGGGAGACUCCGUGGACGGGGCCUGCCCAGGCCUUGCUUGGCCGUAACCCCGGGCUGCAGAAGCCCGUAAGCCACUGUUACACCCCCCAGUCUCCACAGCUUGAUCCAAGUAAGGAAACGCUUGUCCGAAAUACAUUCUCUUUCUGGAAUCAGGCUAAAUUUGGAGGCCUGGAAGGACUCAAAGAUGAGGGGUCACCGCUUUUCCAUAGGGAGACUGUUGCAAAGGAAGUACAGCGGAGUAGAACCUUCUCUUCGGGUGUUUCAGGUUCAUACAACCCUAGGGAGCCAGUUACACCGAACCUUGCAGAUACCCCGACGGAAUCGGACAGUUCUCCCCAGCAAGCGCCCCGCUGUCAGUACGAAACUCCCGCCGGUUGCUGCUCUGACUCGCCUCGCAGGCCCCUGGACUGUGGCUUCAGCCCCAAAGCACCCUUUUCCGGCGGACGCAGCCAAGCCCAGGACAGCAGAGACGUGUCCGCCGCCGCUGCACACGGUGCUGUGCAGUCCGGACUGAGUGCCGAAGCUAGGAGAGUACUGGCAGCCAAAGCCCUGGCAAGCUUAGAUGAGUUUGCAGAGAAGGAGGAGGUGAAGAGGAAGGUAGAAAUGUGGCAGAAAGAACUAAAUUCCCGAGAUGGAGCUUGGGAAAGAAUAUGUGGCGAAAGGGACCCUUUCGUCCUGUGCAGUCUGAUGUGGUCCUGGGUGGAGCAGCUGAAGGAGCCCGUGAUCAACAAACAGGACGUGGACACGCUGCUCGGCAGCCACAUGGACGCCGCGGACGCGCUCUCUCUGCUAGAGAAGGGCCAGCACCAGACCAUUCUCUGCGUGUUGCACUGUGUCGUGAGCCUGCAGGCGAUCCCUGCCGAUGUGGAGGAAGCCAUCCUCGCCCGUGCCAUUAAAGCCUUCACCAAGCAGGUUAAUUUUGACUCUGAAAAUGGACCAGUAGUUUACAACACCCUGAAGAAAAUAUUUAAGCACACACUGGAAGAAAACAGGAAAAUGAUGAAAGAUGGCCCACAGCCUGACAUUUAGUGACGCUUCCCGACGCUUCCCUGGUGGCGGACACCUCAGACCCGGGGACCCAGAUGGCUUUUCUGCGCACAGAUGAGCAGGUUGGAGCCUGGAGCCACUUCGUCUCACAGCACUUUAUCUCAGACGCUCUUGGUUUGGUUUGUGCUAAGAACGCUCAUUUCUGUUGGAAGCAACUAUUUAUUUUAAAAUAUCCUCAAGCUACAUUUUUGUGCUGAAAAAUUGCCAUAAUGUUGGUGCCACUUUUUUAUAUUUAUUUAACUGAAUUAAUAUUGUUCUAUUAAUAUGUAAGUAUGUGGUGUUUACAUCUUUAUUCUUUUUGACAUUUUGGAAAAAGUUGUAACUCUUUUUUUCCGAAACAGUUAUUUUGUCAGUGGAAUCCUUGCUGGAGCUUUUACCAAAUAGGUGAUUCUAGUAGUAAAACUUCACUGUGGAUCCAUCCCCCUGAUCCAGGACCUAAGGAAGUCACAAAGUGUCUUAAGCUGUUUUGUAUUUGUUAAUAAGAAGGCUAUUGAUAUGACAUUUUUUAAGGAUUUUUUUUAAUUUGCAAAUUUUUUGUUUUUUCUUUUUAUAAACAUAUCAAAGGAUUUCUCCGAGUGAUUUAGUGAUUUAGUUUUGUGUUGAAGGUUGACUGAGGUGAUGGGAUUUUUUACCACAGGAAGUAGACUUGCUCUUGGUUAGGCUUCCAGACCCA